AGCUUCGAAGCACACUUCUCGGAUGCAAAGGAUUUUGCAACAACCUCCACUGAAUGCUUGCCCCUUUGGUUUCAGUGGUUGAUACUAGCUAGCUAGUUGAAGCUCAGACAAGAUGCCUCGGCAACUGCAACUUCUCACCGGGAUACCGAUACGGUCGCGCUGUCUUUCUGUAGUGGCGUCACGGCAUGCAAGAGAAGCAACAAUUUCCAACCGUUUCCUACACCAUUAUUCAAGCCUAUUAUUUGGUGGAAGACACUCUGGCUGUCUAAUUUGGGUCACUACAAUAUCGACUUGCACUACUACUUUAUGGUGUCAUCAUCAAAGGCAAAGACAGUGGACAUUCUGUGAUGCAAAACAAAGGAAACCACCUACGUUUGGCACUUCUGUGACAAGGGGAUUUCACGUGUCUAGUACUGCUGCUGGGGCAGCUGGCAAUGCGGACGGUAAUAAUGACAUCCCAAUAAUACUGCGAAAAGAGGAACGAGAAAACUGUCCCUACUGUGAAAAGUAUUCCAGUGGUCCUUGUGGCAGCCUCUUUCAAACCUGGCUACGCUGUACCGACCAGCACCCAGGAAAGGACCCAAACAAUCCACAACAAGAUUGGCACCUCUCGCAGUGCGGUGAUCACGCGCAAGCUCUGGCCGAAUGUUUGGAACAGUAUCAAGCGUAUUAUGACAAGCCAUUCAAGCAACAAGAAGAAACUACUAGUAGUACAGAGGAGGAUCCAAAAGAAGAGGAUGACACUAGUAGAGAGCUCCAGCAAGCAUGGGAACGACUCAUUCACCAAGAGCUAAAAGAAAUCCCAAGGGCACCAUUCCCCAAAACUCAUAAACCAGCCGUGGAAUUGAGACCCAAAGACAGAAUAGCCAUGAUCAUGGUAGACAUGACAAUCCACCAACAAAAAUUGAAUAGCAACGAAGCUCUUUUGGUCGUCUUUGUAGAGGAUGCGGUCACCGGACAGUUGCUCAGUGCUGGGUCAACGGAAGAUGUAUACCCGUAUCGACAAAAGGACGGCAGGGAAUCUGGGAUACUGCAAACUACGUUGCCCCAAUCUACCACAAAGAUACAGGUUUCAGCCUUGUAUGAGGGAAGCACCAAGGGUGAAAAUGACGCAAGGGAUCAAGUCAUAUUUACCUCCACAGUGCAAGUUCCUCCUGGCUAGCUAGCUAAAAUAGUCUAGUAGCUAAGCUCCUAGAAAUUUUGCAAAAUGUGCUAC